GAUCGGCUCGGCGUUCAUUCAGGAGAUCAUGAGCGAGUUCGGGACCGACCACAUUUACAACUGCGACACCUUCAACGAAAUGACUCCUGCCUCGAACGACCCGGCUUAUUUAAGGAGCGUCGGUGCUGCCAUCUAUGGGGGGAUGUCGCAUGCGGAUCCUAGUGCCAUCUGGGUUAUGCAAGGCUGGAUUUUCUACAACGCUCAACAGUUCUGGCACACCGAGCAGGCUAAGGCACUCCUCACGUCAGUGCCAAUUGGUCGUCUCCUAGUGCUGGACUUGGCCUCCGAGCGAGCGCCUCAAUACAACCGCCUCGAGUCCUACUUCGGGCAGCCCUUCAUCUUCAACAUGUUGCACAACUACGGCGGCGUCGACGGCCUCUUCGGCAACGUUGGGACGCUGUUGCAGAACCUGCAGGAGGCCCGGGCAUACCCCAACGUCACGAUGGUGGGCACAGGUCUCACGCCGGAGGGAAUUAACCAGAAUUACGUCAUGUACGAUUUCAUGAACGAAAUGGGGUGGAGGCAGCACGCGCCCAACGUCACGCGGUGGGCCGGGGACUACGCCCACAGGAGGUACGGGAGCAGCGACUCCCGUUUGGCCACCGCUUGGCAGUACCUGAUGAGGAGCGUGUACGACUGCCAGAUUUUCCUUCGAUUCCAUGGACGACAUGUAAUCAUCGCCCGGCGUCCGAAUCUCCAUCCGAAUUAUCUACGCAGCGUGUACAACGAGUCUUCCCAAACCUCGAACCACGGACAGUAUGUUCUGGUGACUGUCCCGAGGCUCGACCGCAAGCCCGACGGCAUGUGGUAUAACAUGACAGACGUGAUCGCCGCGUGGGACUUGCUGGUAGGGGUUGCCAGGGGCGACGCGGCCGACGCCUCGGGGGCACACGAGGAUCUGGAAGGAGUUGGUAUGGAUCCGGCCAUUCCUGCCGGACAGGGCGGCAUAAGGCGGGGGGAUGCAAGGCAAGGAGGCCGCGCGGACGAGGGAGCUCCGCCCCCCCGCCGCAGCUUCUCGGCGAGCGGGGAGGAUGCCGGCCAACAGCGCCUCAUAGCAACCGCGGGGGGAGACGCCCCUCCGCCGCGGCACAGCCUGGAAGGGCGCCGCGAGCCUCAACAGCAGCGAAUAAGGAGGGGUGUUGAGCCGAGGCCUGCGCCCCCCGCACGUCCCCGCUACGCCGGGGGAGCGUCGGACUCGCAACAGCGGGACAUGAGCGAGGAGGACUGCCUCGAGAAGAGCGGGGACGGGAGGCUGCGGGGCGGGGAGAGGGAAGGAGAGGAUCGGCCGGAGAGGGAGAAGGAAAGAGCGGCCGUAGUCACUGACCAGGCCACGUUUAGGCACGACCUGGUGGACGUCACGCGGCAGAUCUUGCAGGUCACGGGAGGGCAGAUGGUUAUGAAAAUGAUCGACCACUACCGAAAUAAAGUCUUGUUGGCUGUAGAGUGAGUAUCUUUAUAUGAGGAAUGAAAUACACGGCACAUAGAAUAUAUACGCAUCCAAGCAGAGUGACAGAGAGACUGAGAGACAGUG